UUUCCUCGUCAUCAUUGUCAGAGCCUGCUCGUAUCUUCUGGUCCCUCACUUAGUCGGUGGAAAUCUUCUCUGCGAUUUCUCCUCCUCGCCGGACACUUGACAAUGCCUUCUCACAGACCAAAACCAUCCGAAAUAGCUGCCGAAGCAAAGCGAAUCUACAUGCCGCACAUUGCAAAACAUUACAUCAAAGACCCUAUCACAUCAUAUCUCUAUCCGGACGCGGCAGCCCUCAAGAUAAAACCCGAAAAAAGGACCGGGCAACGCCUACGCGUUGCCGUCGUAGAAGGAGAUCCCGUGGACUACGCGUUAGGCUGGCAGGCGUACCUAGCAGCAGACCCUAACCAUCGGGCGACAGCCAAACGGAUUCCGGUCGUUAACAUGGCAAACGAGAAGCGUGCAGGCGGGGAUUGGGAAUCGGGUUCCAUGGCGCCAGAAGAAUGCUUUGCACGAAGGAGCAAUCUAGUACAUGCACUCACAAUGCCUUGGAAACCCCAAGCAGGUUCCGGCAUGUAUCCUCUCCCCCAGAGAGGUGGCAUAUACUCGCCGCAAGUGUAUGUAUAUCGGCAAGGUCCAGAUCAGAACUACGCCGUGCUGAAGGAGAUGAACUGGCUGCCCGUAAUAUCAGUAGCUCCUGUGCGACGACCAAAGCUUGAUGGGACAGGGAUGCGCUACUCGUUUUCCCAGGAGAAGGAGCUCAUGAGAGAAAAGAUGCGGGCUGUCCUUCGGAUCGCGUCCUACUGUGGCCACUCAAGCAUUUGUAUUGGCGCAUUCGGUGUGGGACCGACGUUCAGGAAUCCAGUGGGAGAGAUAGCCCGAAUGUGGCGGAAGUUAUUAUUCGAGGAGGAGGAAUUCCAAGGUGUCUUUACCGACGUGGUGUUCGCAAUUGAGAAAAGUCAAUCAGGCCCUGCAUCGAAGGACAAAUCGGACUACGACGUUUUUCGAAAAGAGUUUGACCCUUCGAUUAUCUUUCCAACAAAGUAUGCAUAACCUUCCUAGAUACGACAUAGGUGGAAAGGAACAGAGGAGAGCCUGCUAGCGAGCAGUUAUAGAAGGAUAGGAUUGGCGGCAGUUUCUGAACGGCAAUUUGCAGUUACUAAGAUGCGUUAGCUGGGUUG